AUGUCGACCCAGACUCAACAGUCCCAAGUUCACCCCCGCCGUCGGCCGUAUAAGGCUGGCAUCCCCUCCUUGUCGACCUCUUCAGCUUCCGACCAUCCGGACCCAAAGUCAUCCUCGCCAUGCCCUCGUACUCCCCGUCUGCAAAGGGGUGCUACCUUUCACUCGCCGACAACACCGCCCCGUGAGGAUCAAGAUCCGGUCCUCAACAUCCCGUCUUUGCCGCGGCGGUCCCCCACAUGCACCAAGACGCUCGAGGCCAUCGCCGCCGGUGAACAGCGCAUGGCCAACAUCUUGGGCCGCUUCGAUUUUGACUCCUUGUCCCCGUCCAAGCCCACGGAUCGCCAAGAGGAAGACGACCUUCCUGUCCCCAGAGGGAUCCUUCAGGCCCACGUCGGCCAGCAGAGAAUGCAGACCCCGCGCAAGGAGCACAGCCUGCCGACUCCUCCGGCCGACACUCCCAACAAGGUCCAGACAGCGCAUCAUCGCCAUGCAUCGGACAGCGGGCUGGGAUCGUCGAUCAGCAGCACUGCUGCAAAUGAACGAGUGAAAGCUGGCCAUCUAUCUACUGGAAACGCGGAUCUUCCCGGCGGUCAAUCCGCCAUCACCCAUUCCAUCUCUUCUGGAGAUACGAGCAGGCGGCAACUCCCCCUGGCCGCUUGCAAGCAGAUUGAACGCUUUAUCCUUGCUCCCAUCCUGCGCGAGGAGAGGCUGAAACCGUUCCAUCCUCUCGUCCGCAGUAUUCCUCAGCGCAUCGUCGACAAGGAGAUCACCUGCCUCCGUGAUCUCGAAAAGACUCUGUUGUGGCUGGCACCGCAAUAUUCUAUUACCAAGGCGUCAUAUCUCGGGUUUUGCGAGUUUACGAUCCAGAGCAUCCAUACGGCCGUGACUCACCUCAACGAGCGCGACCAGCGGCUGCCAACCGAUCGACCGUAUACUAACGGCUAUUUCCUGGACCUUGUUGCGCAGAUUCGACAAUACGCAGCCAUGAUUGCUGCUUCGAGAGAGCGGGCGAGGGCCCGCGGAGAGCAAGCGGAUGCCACGAGCGAGGAACGACUCACCCUGGAGGGUGGUCUGUCCCAGACUGGUCGGCCCGCUGAGCUCGUCUGUCACAAGGACGACAAGGCGAUCUCCCUGCGUACGGGUGAGCCUUACGAUGAGAAAGCCGUGCCCACGAUGAAGCGCACCCUUAGCAACCAGUCGAUGGACGAGGGGGUUGCCCGUUCGAUGGCUCGCCGCAAGAAGAACGCUCCUCCGAUGGACAUCAACCAGAAGUGCCGAGAUUGCGACAAGGUGUUCAAGAGACCUUGUGAUUUGACGAAACAUGAAAAGACCCACUCUCGCCCGUGGAAAUGCACGGAGCCAUCGUGCAAGUAUUUCGAGAUCGGCUGGCCGACUGAGAAAGAGCGGGAUCGCCACAUGAACGACCGUCACUCGCAGUCUCCUGCUCUUUUCAAGUGCAAAUUCGCUCCUUGUACCUACCAAUCUAAACGGGAGAGUAACUGCAAGCAGCACAUGGAGAAGGCCCAUGGCUGGGUUUACAUUCGGUCAAAGAGCAACGGCAAGAACAAGAAGGCUUCUUCGGUGUCGUCUGCGCAGCCGACUCCUCAGACUCCCGCCAUGUCGACUCCAUCCAACAGUACCGACGUCCCCACACCCGUGAGCGGCCCUGCGCCGUCUCCGUAUGAUCCGUUUACUGGGUUGUCUGCGAAUCAGCAGUUCUCGUUUGCUGAACCCCCGGUAAAUCCCAACACGGACUUCCAGUUGUUCCCUGAUGUCCAGUUGUUGGAUAACACGUUUGAUGAUGUCCCGAUGAGCAUGGACGAUUUCAACACGGUCCCUACCAGCCUCGAUUUCAGCGCGUUUCAAGCGCAGCUGGAGGCCGGGAAUCCAGAUGAUCUCAUCCCCGCGAUGGACAUGUAUCGCCCGUCUAUGUCUUCUAAUGGAUCCCUUGAGUCGAUGGGCUCGUCAAGUAUCUUUGACAAUUCCGCCCUGGCCGUGUCGGAAAACAUUGACUCGAUGGGGGCGCCGAGCAUUUUCGAUAAUUCGCCGCUGGCGGUGUCGGAAAACGUCGAGUCGAUGGGUAUCUUUGAGAAUACUCCGUUGACGACGUCCGAGAACAUGAAAUAUGACUCUGAGUGGGCGCAUAAUUGGUAUCAGUCUGGCGAUCAAUACCAGUAUCCUCUAUAA